GGUUAGUAACGUGUACGUAUAGUGAAAAUAACACAAAAAACCAUUAUAAACUAUGGAAAAUGCAAAUCAAGCCCCACCAGCCGUCAUCGGUGUUCGGAGAGAACCUUCCAUUGAUCCUGUCAAAGCGCAAGGAAUUUUAAAAUCGGUUACCCAAAAAGAGAAGCAUGCAGCACGACUUUGGCAGCAACGAUGGGGUUUUCUGAGUCGGAUUCGCGAGGUGCAAGAAGAGGAAGCGCAGCGAAUUGGUAUGUCCCUGAAUGAAUACCGAGCUGCCGUUCGAUCUGUGAGCUGUAAACCGGAAAAAGAGAUUUCCGUCGAUAUUGAUCCUUCGCCAACACCGCUUCCGCGCACCAGUGCCGGAAUAAUAGGUCGUCGAGCAAAAUGUGGGUUAGAACGAUUUGGACCACAGGUGAAGACAGUUCGCGACUACCCUAUACACCCUCCGUUACCACGUGACCAAAUAUACGACCCUUAUAAGCAGACUAUGAUAUUCUUAGGGAGCGUGGAAGGAGACCCGAUAUCGUACAAGCUGCCACCAACGCAGCGAGAAGUUUUCGACGAGAUGUGGGCGCAGCCGCAGCAACUAUGCAUCAGCUCGUUCCCACUUCACAGAGUAUACGAUUAACGACUUCACAGAGUAUACGAUUAACGACAGACCAACGAUAUUUUAUACUAUAGACAUACCUGUAGCUGGGCACUGUUGUGAAACAACAAAUAAAUUUCAGAGGAUAAAAUACUCGACCACAAUAACCUCAUUAUUAUCAUUUUAUCCUCUGAGUAAAAGUACAAUGACGUAAAACGUCAUUUCAUAACAUGUCAAAAUAAAUAGACAAGAAAACAAAGUGACAGACGUCAAUUCAUAAAAACGACACACGACACCACAAACGGCUAAAAAGAUACAGACAGCUUACUUCAUAGAAACUGCUUAGCACAUUUGAGAAAUUUGAAUUUCAUUCAUAAUUUUAAAAUCAUAUAACCACAAAUUUCAUUCAUAAGUUUAUCCUUUAUCUCUCUCAUACAAGGCAAAUCUUCAUUAAAAAUCCCUUUGCCCUCUCUUUCUAUUGUAUGUAUAUGUAGAAUGUGCCUACACGGCGGAAACGGAAAUGCUUGUAGUAAUUAGAAAAUGGUUGGAAGGGGUCGUAGGUUUAUUCCGUAGUUAAAUUGAUUUGUGAAAGUAGGUUAUGCCGUACUAU